AGUGAGCUGGUGUCCUCUGAUUGCAGUGUCGCGCUUCUCUGUUCUUGCUGGAUUGUUAGAUUGCUGUGGAUUGUUUUCCUCGGGACAUUCACAACUAGGUUAAAAUAUCAAGCACAUCUCAUGACACCAACCCAAAGCGUUCGGGGUUUAUCAGGGGGGACCCGGAGCAUUAAUCUCCCCAUCCAUUUAACUCCUCACCCGUUGUUUAUAUGUUGAAAAGCUGAUGAAUAGAUUCAGCUCAGUGGAAAAAGCGCUUGUUGAUGGUGCAUUGUUGUGGUGUGCGAUGUAUUGCUGGGUCGCAGCCUCUUCGGCUAAAAUAUAGAUGCAUGAAUCGCUUUCGAGUCGUAUUUUUGGCGAUCCGUUUAGUUUUUCGCAGCUGAUCAUUGAAUCAACACAACAGCGUUAGCUGGCCUGAACAAAAUGAGCAGAAAACCGCAUCAUUUUAAAGGAGCAGAGGUCAGCUGCUGUGUUAAAUACUUCUUGUUCGGAUUCAACAUCUCAUUUUGGUUGCUGGGAGCUGCAUUCCUGGGUAUCGGACUUUGGGCCUGGGCAGAAAAGGGAGUGCUGUCAAACAUUUCCUCCAUCACAGAUCUGGGCGGCUUCGACCCUGUCUGGCUCUUCAUUGUCGUAGGAGGGGUGAUGUUCAUCCUCGGAUUUGCCGGAUGCAUCGGUGCGCUCCGGGAGAACACAUUCCUGCUCAAAUUUUUUUCAGUGUUUUUGGGCCUCAUCUUUUUCCUGGAACUCACAGCUGGCAUUUUAGCUUUUGUGUUUAAAGACUGGAUCAAAGACCAGCUGAACUUCUUCAUCAGCAACAAUGUUAAAGCAUAUCGGGAUGACAUUGACCUCCAGAACCUCAUUGACUUUGCUCAAGAAUAUUGGUCAUGUUGUGGUGCUCAUGGGCCGAAUGACUGGAACCUGAACAUUUAUUUCAACUGCACCGACUUCAACCCCAGCCGGGAAAGGUGUGGCGUUCCCUUCUCCUGUUGUGUCAAAGACCCUGCUGAGGAUGUCCUGAAUACACAAUGUGGCUAUGAUGUGCGGCUUCAAGGGGAGUUGGAUCAGCAGAAGUACAUUUAUACAAAGGGCUGCGUGGGGCAGUUUGAAAAGUGGCUUCAGGAUAAUCUGAUCGUCGUUGCUGGGAUUUUUGUGGGGAUUGCAUUAUUACAGAUUUUUGGGAUAUGUCUGGCUCAAAACCUGGUGAGUGACAUUAGAGCGGUCAAAGCCAACUGGUGACCCUUUGCAGAGACAACAGGUGACAGUGACCUCUGAUUAUGCCAGAGAGCUAAUUGCAAAUCAGCACUGUUUACACACCACUGAGCUGGUAAAUUCCACCCUUAUAACCCUACAGACUUUGUAUGUUAACUGACUUUACAAAGUGGACUGUCCAUCUAUGUUUUUUCUUUUUUUUUGUGGUUCCUUAUCUGAAAACAAGCUCUUAUGGAGACUAUCCAGAAGGAGCUUAACGUGAGAUGUCACAUCGAGAUCAAGCUAUCUGCAAUCUCGCAGCUGUCUCUUGAUUGAAUGCUAUUUUCGUUUGCCCUUAAUAAAUGUUCACCAGACUCUCCUCCAUGUUGGCGAAUAAUGUAAAGUGGAUGGUGUUUUCAUUAACCUGUGGAUUACUUUCUUAUAGAAAAACACACAAAUCAACCACUGGGACUUUAAACAGAGGAGCCUUGAACUAAACAAAGCCUUACAGCAGUGCGUUUCACUAUACACUUGUGUGGGUUCAGCUUUUUACACAAUAUUCUGUCUGCCAGUCAUUCGAGCCGAUGGACAGUUGGACUCUUACCUCUGAUUGGCCCUCUGUUGCACAGGGUAGCCAAUCAGAAUGACGUACUUGAUAAAUACAAAUAAUGCAUUUAUUUUUGUUGUUAGUACUACCACUACUGUUGGGGAGGUGGAGAAAUAGUCUGUUAUUUGUCUGUAUAUCUAUGUUUUAUUGGUUGUCUCUGUGGCAAAGAGUAUAAAUCGACUUAACCGCUGUCCCAGACUUGCCUAUGUAUCUUUGUUUUCUCUACUCUGCUAGAUGGUGAUAUGCUAUAGUGUAUACAUUAUUAAGGUAUUAUUAUAAAUAUGAUGCUGCUUAAACUCAUAGAAGAUAUACAUCGCUAUACUAACCAACUGAACUUUUUAUAGAAAUCAUGUGGUAUACAUUCCCUCUGGGAAACACACUUCAGAUCACGCAGAGUGCUUUGCGAAUGAAUCUAACGUGAGUGCACAUGAAGUGGACAGAUUGAAUUAGCCGUGUGUACGAUCACAUGCCUUAUUGAGCCCUACAGAGAUGGUAGCAGAAGCCAACGACAGUUACACAGCACGUGGCACAGCACCUUUAGGAAGGCUUUUUUUACUGUUCAGUCUCUCUUGCUCGAGCCAUAUGCAUGCAAUCAUCUAUUUAAAAAUGCAUGGCAAUGCAGACCUCUUUAAAAGCAUGCACACACGUACAUACGUGUGUGGAUGUGUAUCCAUCCCAUUAUGAAUACCAUACCAGUGCGUUUUCACUUAGCUGUGUUAAUCCCAUUGUGUUCAGAAGGUGUCUGCUUUGAGUCACGACCUUAACGCUGAUAAUGUGCAAAGUAAGAUAAAUGAUGUAUUGCCGACUGCGUAUGUAGAACGUGCCUGAAUGGUUAUAGCAGUGGAGUGUCAUGUCAGCUAGACUGAUCUGAUUCAUCUGUUUAACAAGCUUUGCUCUGUUUCAAGGGUCUAUAUAACCUGUGUUAUCAGAGCAAAUAGUAAAAUGUGAGAUUUCUCUUCUGUGGUCUUUUUGGGAGAUUUCGGUAUAUUGUGUAUAUAAGAGGCAAACCUUUUAUGCAGAUACAAAAUUACGUUCUAAAGAUGAUGUUUAGUCCCCUUUUUGUGCACCCAAAUUGAUGACUCUCAUGAAAAGCUAUCAAGAACAUG